GGAGGCCGGAAGUCAGUGGUGUUAAGGAAGGAGCAAGAUGGCGGCGUUCCGGGAGCUGGGUUUGGCCCCGUGGCUGGUGGAGCAGGCGCGGCAGAUGGGGCUGAGCCGCCCGACGGCCGUGCAGGCCGCCUGUAUCCCGCCCAUACUGCAGGGCCGCGACUGCCUCGGCUGCGCUAAGACGGGUAGCGGGAAGACAGCGGCCUUCGUGCUGCCGGUGCUGCAGGUGUUGUCCGAGGAUCCCUACGGCAUCUUCUGCCUCGUUCUGACGCCCACCAGGGAGCUGGCCUACCAGAUCGCUGAGCAGUUCCGUGUGCUGGGGAAACCGCUGGGAUUGAAGGAUUGCGUGGUGGUGGGCGGCCUGGACAUGGUGGUUCAAGCCCUGGAGCUCUCCCGCAAACCCCACGUUGUCAUUGCGACGCCUGGCAGGUUGGCGGAUCAUCUUCGCAGUUCCAACACUUUCAGCCUUAAAAAGCUCAAAUUCUUGAUAUUGGAUGAAGCUGACCGGCUGUUGGAGCAGGGCUGUGCUGACUUCACUGCAGACCUGGAGGUGAUUCUGGAGGCUGUUCCCGCACGCAGGCAGACGCUGUUGUUCAGUGCCACGCUGACAGAUACACUGAAUGAGCUGAAGAGCCUGGCCAUGAACAAACCUUUCUUCUGGGAGGCUGCAUCUGAGGUGCGGACAGUAGAUGAACUGGACCAGCGUUACUUGCUUGUACCCGAAGCAGUCAAGGAUGCAUACCUUGUCCAUCUAAUCCAGACCUUCCAGGAUGAGCACGAAGACUGGUCUAUUAUUAUCUUCACCAAAACCUGCAAGGAAUGUCAAAUCUUGAAUAUGAUGCUUAGAAAGUUCAGUUUUCCUUCUGUAGCUCUACAUUCCAUGAUGAAACAGAGGCAACGAUUUGCAGCUUUAGCAAAGUUCAAAUCCAGCAUCUUUAAGAUUCUUAUUGCUACAGAUGUUGCUGCCAGAGGCUUGGACAUUCCUACUGUACAAGUUGUCAUCAACCACAACACUCCAGGCCUGCCAAAAAUCUACAUUCACCGGGUUGGCCGGACAGCCCGUGCAGGUCGGAAUGGAAUCUCUAUUACAAUGGUGACGCAGUAUGACAUCCAUCUUGUGCAUGCUAUCGAGGAGGAGAUCAAACUGAAGCUGCAGGAGUUUUCUGUGGAAGAGAAAUUGGUGCUUAACAUCCUUAACCACGUGAAUGUUACAAGGAGGGAGUGUGAAAUAGAACUGGAGUACAUGGAUUUUGAUGAGAAGAAAGAAAUAAAUAAGCGGAAACAAAUGAUCCUUGAAGGGAAGGAUCCAGAUCUGGAGGAAAAAAGGAAGGCAGAGCUGGCCAAGAUCAAGAAGAAAAACAAUAAAUUCCGUGAGAAGGUCCAGCAGACGCUGCAGGAAAGAAAGCAACUGCAGAUGAAGAGGAAACUACAGAAGAAAAUAGAGCGACGGAACAAACUGCAUCCAAAGGAAGAGAAAUAACAUCCUUGGCCUCCCAGUGAUGGAGGGAGUGUGGGAGCUCUGCUGGUUGGCUCGGACUGCCCUGAUGCUUCUGCUCCUUUGGGAAUGCUGGGAUCCAAGAGCUUUUAUGUGGACACUUUGACCUGAAACUAGUGUUGGAGAGUAUGGGGAAGGUGGAUGAGGGGAGAAGGGACGCUUUGAUAAACUUGUCCCCAUUACUUUCUGUGCAGUGCUGCUGGAUUGGGCCUUUCCUGGCAGGCUCAGUCAAUCUCCUGAUUGAACGUACUCUUCUUCAAGAGUAUGUUUCCUUCCUCUGGUAAAGGAGAGGCCAGACCAGAAUUCUUGGUGCUGCAAAGGGAAAUAAAGAUCCACUCUGUCUCUUCCCUUUCAGUCAUUUUAUUUUCCCUUUCAAGGGCUGGUGCUUGCCACUCACAGUUGUUUAUAUCAACAGAUUCUCCCCUGAGCCAGAGUCUAAAAAUACUGUGACAGGAUGAGGUCAGCCUGUAUGUGUACCAUGGUCCAGGUUUUUCUGAGAGGAAAAUUCCUGGAACACAUGGAGAGAGGUUGUGUUGCCCCAGGAUCAUCCAUGCAACCUUGUAAUAAUUCUGCUUUAUAUGUUUAAGUUGCACUCUUGCCUCUGAUUGUCUGCCUCAACUCCAGCCCAGCUUAUCCAUAGAGACGCAGUUUGCUCAGUGACCUGGGCUGCUGGGCACUCAGUUUCUGCAGAUGAUCAGUUCAAAACCCCGUUCAGGUUUCACCUUUAGUGCCUUGUUUAAUGUUCAGAACUUCCUCUACUUUGAGACUGAAGAGCUGUUAUUUCUAUCCUCUGGCCAGCAUCCAAAUAAAUAGUUCUGCAACAA